CUUUUUUUUUAUUUUAUUAUUAUUAUUUUUUUCUUUUCUUCUUGUAUUCUCCAUUUCUAGUUUUUUCAUUCCAGUCAUGCGUUCACAAGACACUGUUGACUACCCUCCUGGGACAAUCGUGUUUGCAAAGCUGAAAGGUUAUCCGUGGUGGCCUGCAAGAGUGGAAGCUGAUCAAGAUGUACCAGCUAAAGUAUUAAAGCAAAGGUCAAGGUCAAAGAAUCCGCUGUUCACGGUGUUCUUCUAUGGGUCCAGAGACUAUGGGUUCUUUGGACCGGAUUGCAUUCGUCCUUUCGACCGUGCCACCGUGGAGCGAGACCUGAAAGCCAAAAAAUUCAAAACAAAGGACUUGGAAAUAGCGGUGCGUCAAGCUUUGGAUCCUUCGCUGUUGGAGGAACUAGAAGAAGAAGAGGAAGAGGAGGAAGAAGAAGAACCGGAAGACGAAGAAGAGGAGGAGGUAGCGAAGAAAGCGGAUAAGGCUGCCAAGAAGAAGGGUGCAGACAAGAAGACCAACGCCAGAAAGAAGACCGCACCUGCAUCGGAAGAAGAGGAAGAGGAGGAUAAAAAGAGGGCCAACGUGAGUAACAACAAGAGACGGUCGCGAAAGCUCAGUGAAAAGGCUCCUUCGCCAAAGGACAGAAAAAAGAGACGCAAGUCCAUGUCCCAGGAAAAUGAUGAAGACCAUCGUGAACGGAUGAGUGAAUCGCCUUUGUUGGCUCGAAAGUCGGAGGAACCGGAAGCAUCAUCAGCAAACCAUCAUGAUAAGUCGAGAGUGGAUGAUUUGGAAGCUUAUCAACAGACGGCCGAAUAUCAGCAACACUUUAAACGCGUUUAUCAUAUUCGACAUAAAUUGCAACGAUUGGUAUAUGAUAAGAAGCCGGGAGAAAUUCCGCGUGAGGAGUAUGGCCGAAUUGCACAAGUGGUCAAAGAAAUUGAAGAUCUGGAUAUGACUUAUGGAUUGUUACGGCAUACAAAGAUUGGCAAGGUGGUGAAAGCUGCAUGCACGUACAAUUAUGAAGGGGACAAUGAAUAUAAUAUUAGAGAGCGUUGCCAACAAUUGAUGAGAAACUGGAAAGCGCUGUUCACAGAUACAAAGGUGCCUGAUCAUAAGCCUGCUACCGAACCAGAACACCGAACGAUACCACCAUCAUCCAAUCCCAACCCGUCAUCCACAAAUACAGAAGCGGAGGAUACGGUCAUGCAACAAGCUUAGCAUGUAUUUAAACUACUUGACCUUCAAUUGUCUAACCGUUUUCCCUCUUUCUUUAUUUUUUUUAUUUUUUAUUUUACUUUGUCUUUAUUUUCUCUCUCUGUCUCACACACACACACACACUCUAUCUAUCUAUUCUCUCUCACAAUUUCUCUCUCUCUCUCUCUCGUUCUCUCUAUCUCGCUCUCAAUCUUUUGCCUUUUGUUACAACCUCUGUGCUUUGUUUUCUCUUUGUCCUUGUUGACUCUCUAUUUCCCUUUUCUUUUUCUUUUCUUAUGUCUUGCACUUCUUUCCGAUAUUUUUUUCAUGAGGU